CGCGGAGAGAGGGAAACCGAGAGAACGAGAGAGCGGGAGAGAGAGAGAAACAUAUUUGGCAUCCAGUAUCGACCAAUCACUGCUGCAAGCCAACGAUUCUCGUGCUGGUUUGUUCCUUAAGUCUAAGCGGAGCAGUAUCGGCAGCAGCCAGAAGAACGGGAAAAAAUAAACCGUUUGUCGAUUUUUUGCGACAUAGUCAAAGGAGACGAACGCGCGUUUCCAACGAUACAUUUCUCCACGCAGCACCAAACAACAUGAUGAACUACCUCGCCGUUGGAGAUCUCCUGGAGGACACCAUCACGCGCAGCGCCCAGAAUCAGAACGGUGCGGACGGCGAGCUCAGCUGGCUGCGCAGGCGGCUCGACAGCGAACGGCGUGACCCCCGCGCCCGAGGCAAACUCGCCCUCGAGAACGUCGACGGUAUCAGCAGCGGCGGCGGCAGCGGCAGCAGCAGCAGCAGCGGCAGCCAGACGCAGCCCCGCUCGGUGGCGAAGAAAGCGGCGCCCGUGGACAAGGAGAAUGCUUCUGCUGCUGCUGUGGCGAAACCCGCUGGGUCUCGCGCUAGCAAGGUGCCUCCCACGGGCAUGAGCGUACUUCAGCUACGGCGCUUCCUGCGGGUCAUCGGGCAGCCCACGUCGGGCCUGAAGCCGGUCCUCUCCGCCCGCCUUGAGAAGGCCGUAGCCUCGGGCGCCGUGAAGACUUUCGUCGACACCGCAAGGGCGCAACCGCGCGCAGCGGUUGAGUGCGCUGGCGAGCGUCGCAAGACCGAUGCCAUGCUGGCGGUGGCCGAGUCUAUGCUCAACCUGGACGGCAGUAACACCACUUCUUCCGCUGCCGGCGACGCGACGACGCCGAAGAGGCCGCUCCGCGAAUCGCUGUCCAGUGCCAACAACGAGCGCAGCUCCCGGUCUUCGGCGGGCGACAGCGUCGACAAGUCGCAGCCGCUUCAGCAGCAGGUGCCGGUGACACCGGCGACCUCCAAGCUGUCGGGCCAGGAGCAGGACGCGGUCGUUGCGAAGAUUCGGUCUGCGGCGAAGAGGUCUGCGUCUCCGGAGAAGAAGCUUCCGUACCAGGACGACGACACGCCGAACACCAAGGGCGCUCGCCUCAAGAAGGAGAUGGAGGACCGCCUUGCCAGGCAGAAAGCGGCCAAGCAGCAGCAGCAGCCCGCUCCGGCCGCCGCUUCGACCAAGGCCGAGUCGCUCCCGACGCCCGUCACCCCGCCGUCGCUCCGCCCCCCGGUGCCCUCCAGCCCGGCCCCGAUGCCCCCGGCCUCGCCGCCCCGCGCAGCGCAGCCCCCCCCCCCCCCCAAGGGGAACGCCCCUCAGCCUUCCCCGACCACCGCUCCUACGCCUCCGGAGCCGGAGGGCUCGGCCCCGCGUCCGGCGGACAUGGCCAGCAAGGCGUCCGACCAGGCCGUCGGCGGCGACGCGGCGGCGGUGCCCGCGUCGCCGACGGGGUCUGCACCCGUGCCCAUCGCCAAGGACUCUGCUGCCGCCGCCGCCGUUAACGCCGUCACGGACGGUGUCGCCGCGCGCAGUGUAGGCGGCAGCGUGGUCGCGGCGGCGGCGGUGGCGGCGGCGGCGGCGGCUGCCCCGCCGUCCGAGAAGCCGUCAGAGAAGCCGUCAGAGAAGCCGUCCGACAAGCCGACGUCGCCCAGCAAGGGGGGAUUCGGCUCGCCUGGGCGCCACAGGACUCCCGCGACGGCCAAGAGCCCUUCGCGCAAGGCCAGUCCCUUCGCCAAGGACUCGAUAUCGACGCCGGGACCCUCCGGCCUCAAGGCGGCUGCCCACAAGGCCUUCAGCCGCGUGGGGGUGAAGCAACCCCCCUCUGCCAACUCGGAGAUACCGUCACCGACGGGAAGCACCACACAGGACGCUUUUGCCAAGUUCCGCGCCAUGGACUCCAACUCCAAGAAGGCGAGCGGCUCCGUGCACUCCUUCAAGCUCCGUUCCCCUUCGCCCAAGGGACCCCUCUCAAGCGCGAAGCAGCAGCAACAGCAGCAGCAGCAGUCCGCCACCGGACAAAUGCCCCCCCCCCAGAAGCUGGACUUCAGCGGCAGCAAGGCCUCCAACAACAUCAACACGCCCACCUCGUCCUCUACGUCUUCUCUGAAGCGCGGCGGCGACGCCCCGGGCAGCGGCGGCGAGGGCACCCCAUCGGCGGCCAGAGCCCGGGCGGAGGCGGCGGCUAAGGCUGAGUCGGAGGCAGAGGCGGCGAAGGCGAGGUCGCUGGCGGAGAAGGAGGCGGCGGACGAGGCCCGGCGCGACGCCCAGGCGAAGGCGGAGCUCAAGGCCCGCGAGGCGGCCCUGAAGGCGGCCGCCGAGAGGGAGGCCAAGGCCCGCAAGCUAGAGGAGGAGGAGAGGAGGAGGAAGGAGGAGGACCGGAAGAGGAAGGAGGCCGACAAGAAGAGGCGCGCCGCGGAGAGGCUGGCGGAGAAGGCGGCCGCCGCCGAGGCUCUCCGGAAGGCCGAGGAGAAGAAGCGGGCCGAGAAGCGGGCGGCCAUGGAACAGAAAGCGGCGGCAGCGGCGGCGGCCGCUAGGGAGAAGGCCGAGGCUGCUGCUCGCAGGGAAGAGGAGGAGGCUCAGCGGGUUACCGCCGCGGCAGCGGCGGCGGCGGCGGCGGCGGAAGCGGCGAAGUCAGUCAAGCCGCCGACGCCCCCGCGUGUGGCGGUGAAGCCCCCGCCGACUCCGCCCCGCCCCGGAAACAAGGGCCAGGCGCAGGCGCCGCCGCCGCCUAUGCCUCCGAGGCCGGCGGCAGCGGCGGCCCCGCAGGUGCCUUCGGCGUCGUCUUGGACGCCCUCUAAAUCGUCCGGAAGCGCGGCAGAGGUCCGCCAGCUGGCGCUCGCGAAGAAGAAGGAGGAGAUCGCCAAGAGGAUGGAGGAGAUCAGGAACAAGAAGACGAAGGGCACCGCUUCCACGCCAUCCCCGGCCCCAGCUGCGGCGAUGAAGCCUCCGGCCGCUGCCGUUGCCCCCAAGCCCGUUCCCAACCCCGUGCCUACCCCGGUCAAGUCCGUCCCGGCGGAAACCAAGGAAGAGCGCGAGAGCUACGACGCCUACGAUGUCGAGCCGGAGUCCGGGUCGGAGUCGGGAGAGGAGGAGGAGGAGGCGGCGCAGGAGAUCCAAGAGCCGCAGGAGCCCAGCGACAAGUCCGCGAUUCCCGACUGGGCCCGCGGCAAGGCUCUCGCCAAGAUCCUGGACAAGCAGUACGGUGGCCCGAACCCCCUCAACCCGGACAAGAUUUUCCCGGAGUUCUUCACGUGCAACCUCGAGCACAUCUUCAACACCAAGAAGCAGAAGUGGGACCGCAGCAGCAGCGGAAACUGGCAUACCGACCGCCUUACCAUCGCCGAGAAGCUCGCAUACCAGCGCGCCAUGGGCUUCGACAAAUAAGACUAGAGAUCUCUGGCUAGCCCUUUGGAUCGACAGGUGUUAUGUGUUGUGGUUCACGUAGCCGUUCAUAAAUCUGUGUUUCGAAGGGAGAAUUUUGUUGGAUUGUUCGGGAAGAGUCCUGCCGGCCGCCUUUCUUCGCUAGUAGAGCAGGCGGAGUGGCAAGCCUAUAUGUAUGGGUAUAAACACCGCCCUUAUCCUACCGCAUUGUUCGACCUGUUGAGUUUCAGGGGCAGAGAGAGGGGGGUUGGGAUUCUGUCUUUGGCGCCUACCUUGGCGGGGGGGACCGUUAAGCGGCCGAGAGAGAGAAAGAGCAAUUGAAGGGACCUGAAGAUUGGUUAGCAUGGGGGGCGAAGGUCGCCGUCGUAACUCCUCGAUAAAGGGCUCAGUGUUUUUUCGUUAUGAAUGUUGACGCGUUGACACGAUCGGGCUAAUGUUAGGCCCUUGGGGGUGACGUGGAGUGCAAAAUGAUGAAUGCCAACCGCGGAUAUGUUGAUCGACUGGAGUUUGAGGUGGAAGUUGUCCGGUCCUCCUGUUGGUUACGGGAUGCAAGAGGCCGUUAGUCGCAGGCAGCUUAAGUCGGUAUGGGGGCUUUUUGUGCUUCUUGUGGUGAAAUCAGUGGGUGGCGGUAGUAGCACGUAGCUAACGUGUUCAUUCGUGAGAAGCAACAAGGAGAGCGUCGUGUAAGCAUGUGACUGAUUAGCUUGUUGCAAGACAAAAGACACAUUCGAGGUGCGUGUGAGCAAAUUUCUUUCUUCACCAAACAGGGAAGAACUCUCAUUGCAGUUGUGUGGCUUGGUUGUCCGAAUCUGAAGUGAAGUGGGCGUGCAAUCCACAGACAAACCUAGUUUGAAUAGUUCAAAUCUGCGGCGGUGGCGGACAUCGUUCGACGGGAUGCAUGCGUGUUGGCGUGCCGGCCGUGAGUGGGCGGGGGGCGCGGGCGGGCACGGGCAAGGAUAGCAAUGCCAUUAGGUAUGGAUCCGAUUUCCAUGUGACGGCUUGGUUGACAGUGUGCCUGCUUCCUGGGUUUUUUGCCUCGCCCGGUGGUAGGAUAUAUACAUGUGUGUGUUGACGACCACGGACGACGUGCGUGCGAUUGCGGGGGUUAGUCACGGGAGAGGCUAGUCGAGGGAGGUUAGUUGUUGUGAUUAGAAAAAAAUGCUUUGUUCUGCAUCAAGUUUCUAUCAUCCACCAUCCAUCCUGGUCGUGCUCCUCGCCGUCAUUCAUCGUUUGCUGAUUUGAUUCUUCUUCCUGUGGAUACCAGUUUGUGAGGGAAAGGUGUGUGUGGUGUUGCUGUUGCUGCUGCU